AUGUCAGAAGUCGCCAAGCGUCAACGAGACCAAUCCAACACUCCUGAACCUGAAGCCAAGCGCCCCAACGUAGACGCCAAUAACCAGGUCAAACCAGCCAAGAAACAAGACGAUUCUGCUUCUCCACCCAUCGACAAGACCAAAAUGGCUUCAGAUUCCUCUGCAAAGCCCGUCUCUGAGGAGCAGGAUGCUGUCGAUCUUGGGUCCGUAACUGCUGAUGCCACCGCCUCGAGCGCAGACAAUAAGGCCGCCGACAGCAGCACCGUCUCCAACGGCCAGGAUGGUGAACAGACAGCCGGAAGCGCCGGCAGUGUAGGCGACUCAUCCGAGACCCAAGCGACGCAGAUCUCGAUGCGAACUUUGAUCGUCACGAGCGAUGCUAGCAUCAUCAUCGGAAAGUCCGGCAAGCACAUUAACGAGAUCCGUGACAAGAGCAAUGCCCGUCUCAACAUCAGCGAAAUCAUUCCCGGCAACCCUGAGCGUAUCUUGACCGUCUCUGGUCCUCUUGACGCUGUCAGCAAGGCUUUCGGUCUUAUUGUCCGCAGAAUCAACGACGAGCCCUUUGACCAGCCCUCGGUUCCCGGCUCCAAAUCAGUCACUAUCCGCUUCAUCGUGCCCAACUCGCGCAUGGGCUCUGUGAUCGGCAAGCAGGGCUCCAAGAUCAAAGAGAUCCAGGAAGCUUCGGGUGCUCGUCUCACUGCUGGUGAAGCCAUGCUGCCCGGCUCUACCGAGCGCGUCCUCUCCAUCUCGGGUGUCGCCGAUGCCGUCCACAUCGCAGUCUACUACGUCGGUACCAUCCUGCUCGAACACCAGGACCGUAACGCCAACAACCUCCCUUACCGACCCACUGCUGGUGGUCCGUCCACCCGACCUCCCGCGCCUGGUGCCAACCCGUACGCUGCGCCUCAGCAGCCUUUUGGAUAUGGCGCACCAGCUCCUCCCUUUGCCGGUGCUCCCGCAGCUGCUGGUGGAGCACCACAGCUGCCACCUGGCUCGCAGACGCAGCAGAUCUUCAUCCCCAACGAUUUGGUUGGAUGCAUCAUUGGCAAAGGCGGUUCCAAGAUCAACGAGAUCAGGAGUAUGAGUGCCAGCCACAUCAAGAUUAUGGAGCCCGGUGCAGGCAUCGCAGCGGGAGGCAGCGGUAACGAGAGGCUCGUCACCAUCACCGGCCCACCGCCCAACAUCCAGAUGGCCGUCUCGCUGCUUUAUCAGAGACUGGAGCAGGAAAAGAUGCGUCUGGCACAGGGCGGUGUGCCCUGA